UUUCGGAGUUCUUGGUAGUGGGCUAACAUCAUUCUUAACAAGCACUAUUGCAGUUCCCACUGAAUCUUAAACGUAUAUCCAUCUCUCCCUCUCCAUUAUAUCUCCUCCUAUUCCAGUCCAGUGUAUUUAGCAACACUAAUUAAUGGCUUAGUGCGGAAGAGAAACCAACAAUAAUAAGGCUAACAAUAAAAGUAUUCUUUCCUUUUUCUCUGUUCCAUCGAAAAGGAGUCAUCAACCACUACAAAUAUAUGAUAAUAACAACUUAUCAACUCCCCCACCUUGAAGGUCUGUGUGUGUGACACUGUCUUCUUUGGUAGCAGAGAUGGUUUCAGCUUCUGCUUCAAAGGAGGAUCCGUUGGAAGAUCAAUGGAUGGUGAAGGGCCCCCCUCGGAAUGCCAAAUGGUGGUACUCAACCUUCCACAUUGUUACAGCCAUGGUUGGUGCUGGUGUUCUCAGCUUGCCUUAUGCCAUGGCCUAUUUAGGAUGGGGUCCAGGGACAAUGGUGAUGGUGUUGUCAUGGUGCAUCACCCUGAACCAGAUGUGGCAGAUGAUACAGCUUCAUGAAUGUGUCCCCGGGGUUCGUUUCGAUCGCUACUAUGACCUGGCUCAGCACGCUUUUGGUCCGAAGCUUGGGCCAUGGAUAGUUCUGCCCCAGCAGCUAAUAGUCCAGGUUGGUUGCAAUAUUGUUUACAUGGUCACUGGGGGCAAGUGUCUCAAGAAGUUCAUGGAGAUAACCUGCACAAACUGUACCAGGCUCAGGCAAUCCUACUGGAUUUGCAUCUUUGGUUCCACCCAUUUUUUACUCUCUCAGCUUCCCAAUUUCAAUUCUGUUUCUGGGGUUUCAUUAGCGGCCGCCAUCAUGUCGCUGAGCUAUUCAGCUAUAGCCUGGGUGGGUUGCUUGAGCAAGGGAAGAAUUGAGAAUGUAAGCUAUGGAUACAAGAAAACCAGCGGAGCUGAUUACAUGUUUAGGGUCUUCAAUGCACUGGGCCAGAUUUCAUUUGCAUAUGCUGGGCAUGCAGUUGUCCUUGAGAUUCAGGCCACAGUUCCAUCCACUCCUGAGAAACCCUCAAAAGUACCAAUGUGGAAAGGCGCAGUUUGGGCAUAUUUUGUUAAUGCGAUUUGCUAUUUUCCAGUGGCCUUGAUUGGAUACUGGGCAUUUGGGCAAGAUGUUGCUGAUAAUGUGCUGGUGGGACUUGAGAGGCCGUCAUGGCUUAUUGCUGCUGCUAACUUGAUGGUCGUCAUCCAUGUCAUCGGCAGCUAUCAGGUUUUCGCAAUGCCAGUGUUCGACUUGUUGGAGAAGACGAUGGUUAAGAAGUUCAACUUCCCACCCGGAAUCUUACUGCGAAUCUUAGUCCGGUCAAUUUAUGUUGCCUUCACGCUCUUUGUUGGUGUCACCUUUCCAUUCUUUGGUGAUCUUCUUGGUUUCUUUGGUGGAUUUGGUUUUGCUCCAACUUCUUACUUUCUCCCUAGUAUUAUAUGGCUGGUGAUUAAGAAACCAAGGAGAUUCAGCAUCUCAUGGUUCAUCAACUGGGUGUGCAUAUAUGUGGGAGCGUUCAUCAUGUUGGCGUCCACGAUAGGCGGCUUCAGGAAUAUCAUUGCUGACUCCUCCAGUUAUGAGUUCUAUUCAUGACCAGUAGAAGAAGCUCUCUCUCUACAUAUAUAGUUGGAUGCUAGCUGUUUGUACGUAUGAAAGAUAGAACUGAUCAGUUGGCUACACUUGUUUUUGAGAUAUUCUUGGUGUGUCUUUGUCAAUUUGAGCCAGCAAUUAUGGAACUGCGUUGGGUAACAAGUGUGAAGAAUAAAACGAGCCUAACGACUGAGUCAAA